AUGAACGCAGGAACCGGCCACGGUCCAAAAUUCGAAGACGCAGUCCGCGUAACGGCCGACCAUGGCCACGAGUACAACGGGUACUCCUACUCCGCAUUUCUCCAGAAAUCCUUCUGCAUUGGGACAGUGCCUCAUGGCGGCUACACGAGUGCAGUCCUAUACAGGCUUGCCCUGGUGCACUUUGCAACCGCCCAUCCAGACCUGUAUAAGGGGGAACCGGCAACGCCGAUAUCAAUGCACUUGACCUUCCUCAGGCGCACGGCUGAGGGUCCCACACAGCUGAGGGUGCAUGAUAUGAAAUUAGGCAAGAGAACUAGUUCCCUGCAUGUUGAGCUGCUACAACCUAAAGAUCAGAGUCAAAGUGGCAACGAAAUCAACGAAGAUAGAAUGGAGGUUAAGGUCGCCGGAUACAUUACAGUCAGCCCGGCCACCUCAGAGGUCGGCGUGUCAUCGAAGACAGAUUGGGAAAUCCAUCCGGAGCCCGUGGCCGGAAGUCGAAGCGACGGCGGGGUCGACUUUGAGCGGCUAUCCAAGACAGGUCGGGACGAAGCUUGGGUGCGACAGGACCCGCCAUUUGCAGAGUUUCGCAAGGCCACGACGCAGGUUGAGUUGUUCGGGGUUGACCCGGCGCGAAAGAAGCGCAAGAACGGGAUCGUGGAUCAGUGGGCGCGGCUGAAGCCGGAGGGGAUGGCCGCGAGAUGGAGCAAUGAGGGCGUGGUGUUUCUCACGGACAUGUUCCCCAUGGCGCUGGAUGGGUUUGAUAUGAUGGCAGCUGGGGGUGAGUCGAUCUCUUCGACUGGAGGAGCUGGGCCCACGGCGAAGUACUGGUUUCCUACUGUGUCACUGAGUAUUGAUUUCAAGAAGAGGCUGCCCGAGGCUGGGGAGGAGUGGCUGUAUAGCCGGGUUGUGACGAAGGAGGUACGUGAUGGGAGGACCGAUUUAGACGUGACAAUUCUGAAUGCAAGGGGAGAGAUUGUGGCCUUGAGCACGCAGAUUGGAUUGGUGGUGAGUGCCAGUCGGAAUAUUGGGAAGCGCGCGCUGUUGUAG